AUGAUCCCACCACGAAGCAACUCAAGUGUGAUGAGGGCUUUACGAGAGAGCGGUGUGAGCUGGCCGUUAACUGCUCCUCUCGGGGAGCAUGGCUUCCUGCCACGACCUCACCCUUCGGAAGGGGCGGCUGCGGCUGCAGCGGACGCUGGCGAGGCACCUCAUGUCAACUGUGUGACGGUCUCAAUGGUGAUAUGUGCCACCCGACCACAGGGAAGUGCAUCUGUCGCGGUAGUUUCGAAGGAGAAUGUUGCCAGACGUGCGCCUCCAGCUGCGUCGCAAAUGGCGUCUGCCCGCAACUGCCUGCUCCGUGCUGGAACAUGCGUACAUGCAUUCCGGCGAUCUGUGACGCAGCACACAUUGGGGAGGAGGUUUCCCGUCAGGCUUGUAAGUCAACACAUAAUCUGCCUUUCACAUCUUAUUGCACGGUUCACGGCGAGCGGUGGUGCAGGAACGACCCCGCGUGCUGGUGGGACAAAACAACACGUAGCUGCGGCCCCGCAUGGUCGCAUAGCCUCUCUGAGCUCGAUGAAGCCUUGCGUUGCACAUGUAACUAUCCCACCAUAUGAGCAGGUUCGAGAGGUGAGGUUUGUGUGGGUCCCGCAGGAAGCACCUGCUUGGCAGAGGGGGCAAUUGUAG